AUGACUACGCCGCAGAAUACGUCCAUACUUAUCAUUGGAGCUGGCACAUUUGGAAUAAGUACGGCGUAUCAUCUAUCUCGCCGAGGAUACAAGAAAAUCACCUGCAUUGACAGGCAGCCUUACCCCAGCAUUGACUCUGCUGCGAAUGACAUCAACAAAAUCAUUCGCACCGACUACGAUGACGCUCUAUAUACAAGAUUGGCUGUAGAAGCCCUCGAAGCGUGGCGAGACCCCGCGUUCAAUGGCAUCUUCCACGAAACGGGUCGUCUUGCAACCACUUGUGGUGAUGCUGCUGCCAAAGAGGGGAUGAAUAAAGCUUGUGAAAACCUAAGGAAUAUUGGAAGAAGUGCAUCUAUAGAGCAGAUCCAUAGUCGGGACGACAUCGUCAGACACUGCCCCAACUUGGAGCAUUCCAACGGCAUUGACAAUUGGACGGGAAUUUACAACACCGAAGCAGGUUGGGCACACUCUCGAAAGGCUCCUGAGAAAUGGGCAAGAUUAGCAACCAAGAAAGGAGUAUUGUUUAUAUCUGGACGCAUGGGUACCAUGACGGGACUAGACGUUGACGACGCCGGGAAGCUACGAGGCAUCAAGACGGCGUCAGGGGAUGUGCUCACUGCAGAUCGAUACGUCUUUUGCCCAGGCGCUGCUUCGCCGAGCUUACUGCCAGAUGUGCUAUCAAAGCAUCUAUCAUCGAAAUGCUGGGUGGUGGCACAUUUGCAACUGACGCGCGAGGAAGUGCAACGAUGGCAGGGUAUACCGGUGAUUGACAACUUGGAAAUGGGAUAUACCUUUGAGCCGGAUCGUGAAACAGGGCUGAUGAAGAUUUGCGAUGGAUCCCCCGGGUACGAGCUGUUGGAGGGAAAGUAUAUCACCGAGGACGGCAAACAAGUCGCAUAUUCAGUCCCACACUACGCAAGCGAGCACAUUCAGAAUGGAGUUCCUGAGGAAGCAAUCAACAAUAUCACAGCCUUUGUUGAGUCAGUUUUGCCAGAAUUUAGAGGACGACCGCUAGUGGACGCGCGAUUAUGCUGGUGUACGGACACUGCAGAUUCGCAUUACCUCAUCGACAAACAUCCCAAACACCCGGAGAUGUUAAUAGCGACAGGCGGGAGCGCCCAUGCGUUCAAAAUGUUUCCCAUUAUCGGCGAUUACAUUGCUGACGCGCUGGAGGGGAAGCCACGAGGGCUGAAACCUGAAUGGAGGCUGGAGGGCCGCAAGGCGGAGAGAGACGUGAUGCGGCCAGAUACUCAGGUCAAGGAUUUGAGAGAUUUGAAGACUAUUCAUAUACCUACAUAUCAAGACCGGUAG